CAACAACACAACAGUUUUCCUAUAAUCCAACCCCACAAGAAUCUCUCUUAAUUCUAAUUCACACCACCAGAUUCUUCAGAAUCUUCGAACUCACCUUCGACAAAAGGAAAAAAAAAAGAACUCUGCGACCAUGAGUAGUAGAGGUCCAGGCCUCUUCUCCGACUUCGGCAUGAAAGCCAGCGAUGUACUGACUAAGGACUAUAGUACUGAGCAGAAAUUCUCCCUCUCUUCCGAGAGUGACGCGGGAGUGGCCAUUGCGUCCUCUUUAGCUAAGAAGGGUGGAUUUUCUGCUGGUGUUGUUGCUGCACAAUACAAGUACAAGAAGUCUACAGUUGACGUCAAAGUUGACACAGAAUCCAGUAUUGCAACAAGCAUAACGGUGACUGACAUCUUACCAUCUAUGAAGACUAUUGCCACGUGUAGAUUUCCUGAUUACAAUUCUGGCAAGAUAGGGGUUCAAUAUUUCCAUGAGCAUGCAAGUUUCACUGCAGCUGUUGAUCUGAACAAGUCUCCAAAUGUUGAUAUUUCCGCAACCAUUGGUACUCCUUUCAUUGCUUUUGGUACCGAAGCAAGUUACAAGGUGGAUUCGCGUUCGUUUACAACGUACAAUGCUGGAGUCAGUCUGACAAAACCAAAUUAUGGUGCUUCUGUAAUUUUGGCUGACAAAGGAGAUGCAGUGAAGGCAACUUAUUUUCACCAAUGGGACCAGGAAAAGAGAGGCGUUGCUGUGGCAGAAAUUGCAAGAAAGUUCUCUACGAAUGUCAGUAUUUUGACAGUUGGAACGUCAUAUGCAAUUGAUCCUCACACACUGGUCAAGGCAAAGCUGAACAACCACGGCAACCUUGAUACCUUGGUGCAGCAUGAGUUGGCACCAAAAUCUUUCCUGAUAUUAUCCGGAUCCUUUGACACCUUAGCCAUGGAUAAACAUCCCCGGUUUGGUUUGGCACUAUCUCUCAAGCCUUGAAAAGUCUAUAGUCUAGAACAUAUGGAUGUGGUCUUCUUCCAAAAUGAAGAAGUUUUUUAGAUUUGCUGAUUCUUUUUGACUAGGUAAUAGGGUAUUCUUUAUUCUUACUUCUUAAUUACCUGGAGGCUAUAUGGACCAUAGUCCUUGGAACAUAAAUUUUAUCUACACUCAACUUUGAUGUCGUUGCAUCACAUAAAGUGAUCAUCCAUAUUGCUUCUUGGAAAAUGAGUCCAUACAGCUGGUCAAAGGUGUUAAUUUUCUUCUC